AUGUGUGAUGGGUAUGAUGAUUGGCGAAAUGUUCAAAAAUUUCUUGAAAACCAUGCGAAAAAAGGAUAUCAUGUCUUGGCAAUUAGUAUGUACCUAAAUAGAACGAAACUAUCGAGUAGAAUAGAUAGUGAAUUAGAAAAACAGUUAACCGAAACACGUGACUAUUGGAAAAACGUGUUAAGACGCAUAAUUGAAACAAUAUUAUUUUUAUCGGGACGUGGUUUACCAUUUCGAGGUUCGGACGAACACUUCGGGUCAAAUCAUAAUGGAAAUUAUCUUGGAAUAUUGGAGCUUCUUUCAAAAUUUGACCCAUUUUUAGCCCAACAUAUCGCUGUACACGGAAAUCAAGGAAAAGGACACACAUCUUAUUUGUCCAAAACUAUUUGUAACGAAUUUGUUGCACUUAUUGCAAACAAAACUCGUACAAUGAUUAUAGAUCAAUUAAAAAAAGCUGGUUGUUUUUCAAUAAGCGUUGAUUCUACUCCUGAUAUAACCCAUAUGGAUCAACUAACUAUUAUUUUGAGAUACGUAAGUAAUGAUGGACCAGUAGAACGUUUCAUUACUUUUAUUCAUAUUACAAGUCAUACUGGUGCAAAUCUUGCUUUGUGUUUACUUAACUUUUUGAAAGAAAAUGAUAUUAACAUAGAAAAUUGUCGUGGGCAGAGCUAUGACAACGCUAGCAACAUGAGUGGGACUUAUACUGGUAUGCAAGCAGAAAUAAAAAAGUGCAAUUCAUUUAUUGAUUAUAUUCCGUGUAUUGCACACUCGUUGAAUCUCGUUGGACAAUCUGCUGUAGAUUGUUGUGUUGAAGCAGUUUCAUUUUUCGGUUUUGUCCAAGAAGUUUACAAUUUUUUUUCCGCCUCUACCCAACGCUGGGAUAUUUUAAAAAAAACAUUAGUAAAAAAUUGUCCAGUUCCUAAAUCCAAAUCAGUUACUAGAUGGAGUGAAAAUGCUGAGGCCGUUAAAGCGUUAUUUUUAAGUUACGAGAAUAUUAAUGAAGCGUUAAGAAAAAUUCAAAAUGAUACAUUACAAAAACAAUCAACUCGACACCAAGCUUCUUGUUUAAGCUCAAUACUCGGUCAUUUAGAAACUGGCAUUAUGUGUGAAUUAUGGCAUAAUAUUCUCGAACCCUUUAAUAAGUGUAGUAAAAGCAUUCAGAGUGGUAUAAUUGAUUUAUAUACUGCAAUUAACUGA